AUGGCCUUGGUCGGAUUUUCGCAUCUGUCACGUCCAUUCACUCGACUGGCUCCGACGGUACGACCAGUGGGUAUUGGACUGAGUAGGCGAAGUAUUGCCACUGCAGCACCGUCUCAUGCACAUCCAAACCCCGGAAACUUUGCAAAUCGGUCGCACGACGAGCUUUCGGCAAUGGGUCAAAAGGGUGGAAAGAAAGGCGGCAAAGCCCGAGGCGUGGGUGGUUUUCAUGAUAUGGAUAGAGAGAAGCAGCAUGCCAUUGCCUCAAAAGGUGGCCGUGCCGAAAGAAAAGCAGCUAUCGAGCGGGAUGAGAUUGAGCAUCAAGAGGGUAUGGAGAGUAAACGACGCAGUCAGUCGCAGGACCCCUCGGUAGUCCCCCCAGGAUUUGAAGAAUGGAAAACAUGUGCGUAA